AUGCCUGUAUAUGCAGCCACACCAGGCCAGAGUAGACAACAAAACAAGUCCGUCUUCAUAGGAAACCUGGGCAAUGCAAGGACGGGCGAGCAGCAUUCAAGCAUUAUCGGCUCGUCGGUCUUAGUGGAAUUAAUACGCCCGCUAGCAUGGGGGUUAGAAUGUCCCCUCGCCUCCACAAGCAUGGAUACCUACACAGUGGAGGAGGAGUGGCAUGCUGCCACUACUGUCAAGAGUGGAUGUAAUCGGCGAGUUGACAACAAGACCCUCUACCUUGACAUCUUCGUUAUUUUAGUUCAUUGA